GUUCCUUAGUGCCUCGACUAGAAACAAGGUUUGGUCUUUUCCUCUCUUCACGAUAAAAGCUGGCGUUCUCUUCCUGUCGUUAGAAUUGCAUAUGAGACAAUCCAUUUUACUGAAUUUUCCAACUGUGUGCUCAUGGGAUGUUACCAUAUUGGAACAGUAAUUUUGGAUUCUCAACACUAACCAUGUCCCAUAAUUAUGAUCUUUUUGAAUACAAAAACUGCAACUUUAUCUCCAAUAUUCACACCACAGAGUAUUUGGAAGAACUCACUGAUACUGAAAUAAGAGAUAGUGAUGUAAUUGCAAUCACCUAUCCAAAAUCAGGAACUGUGUGGAUGCAGCAAAUUUUGACUUUGAUUUUUUCCAAUGGUGACCUAGCCGCUGUUCAAAAUAAGUUGCCUGAGGAACGUGUUCCUUGGGUUGAGGUCCCAACCAUGUGCUUUCUAACACAACCAUCACCUCGUUUGGCUGUCUCACAUUUGCCUUAUCAUUUGAUUCCAGAAGGUUUGAAAAAGAAAACUGGAAAAGUUAUUUAUGUUUAUCGGAAUCCAAAGGACGUGUUCGUGUCUUUGUAUCACUUCCAAAAUUACAUCACACUCUUAAACACACCACCAGGUUUUGAUGAAUUUCUGGAGAAAUUCUUAGAAGGAAAAGUGAUAUACAGCUCUUGGUUUGAUCACAUCCAGAACUGGUACACCCACAGGAAUAAAUUCAACAUACUAUUUCUGUCCUAUGAAGAAUUGAAACUGGUAAUUACUAAAAAUUUUUUUAUUGACAAACUAGCAAGAGUUGAGCUUCUCAAGUGA